AGAUGCUUCUGAUUACUACCAACCCAUAUGACUACCAUUUUGUCAGCCAGGGUGAGAUUACUGUUCCCAGCAUUGAUGAUCAGGAAGAAUUAAUGGCAACUGAUGAAGCCAUUGACAUCCUGGGCUUCACUGCUGAGGAAAAGACAGCCAUUUACAAGCUGACAGGAGCCGUCAUGCACUAUGGGAACAUGAAGUUCAAGCAGAAGCAGCGAGAGGAGCAGGCUGAACCAGAUGGCACAGAAGUUGCUGAUAAGGCUGCUUACCUCAUGAAUCUCAACUCAGCAGAUCUGUUGAAAGCUCUGUGCUAUCCCCGGGUCAAGGUCGGCAAUGAAUAUGUCACCAAAGGCCAAACUGUCCAGCAGGUCUACAAUAAUGUUGGUGCUCUGGGUAAGGCCGUUUAUGAGAAGAUGUUCUUAUGGAUGGUCAUUCGCAUCAACCAACAAUUGGAUACCAAACAAUCCAGACAGUAUUUCAUUGGCGUGCUGGACAUUGCCGGCUUUGAGAUCUUUGAUUACAACAGCUUGGAACAGCUCUGCAUCAACUUCACCAAUGAGAAACUGCAACAGUUUUUCAACCAUCACAUGUUUGUCCUAGAGCAAGAAGAGUACAAGAAAGAAGGAAUUGAAUGGGAGUUCAUUGACUUUGGAAUGGACCUGGCUGCCUGCAUUGAACUCAUUGAGAAGCCCAUGGGCAUUUUCUCCAUCCUGGAAGAAGAGUGCAUGUUUCCUAAGGCAACAGACAUGUCCUUCAAGAACAAACUUUAUGACCAGCAUCUUGGCAAAUCAAACAACUUCCAAAAACCCAAGCCUGUCAAAGGCAAGCCGGAGGCCCACUUUGCCUUGGUGCACUAUGCUGGCACUGUGGAUUAUAAUAUCACUGGUUGGUUGGAGAAAAACAAGGAUCCCUUGAAUGACACCGUAGUGGGGCUCUACCAAAAAUCCUCAAUGAAGACUUUAGCUUUGUUGUUUGCUGACCGCCCUGCAGAAGAGGGCACUACCAAGAAGGCUGCCAAGAAGAAGGGUUCUUCUUUCCAGACUGUGUCUGCACUGUUCAGGGAGAACUUAAACAAACUGAUGAGCAAUCUGAGAAGUACUCACCCACACUUUGUGCGUUGCAUUAUUCCCAAUGAAACAAAAACACCUGGUGCUAUGGAUCAUGAGCUUGUGCUGCAUCAGCUGAGGUGCAAUGGUGUGCUGGAAGGCAUCCGCAUUUGCAGAAAGGGAUUUCCCAGUAGGAUCGUUUAUGCUGAUUUCAAACAGAG